CAACUUCAAAGUAUUGAUUCGCGAAUAACGUGUGAUCAAAGUUAUUAUCCCCUUCAAGAGGUUUGGCUCAAGAUGUUAUUUAAAUAUUCUCAACCAGAGAGGUCCAGUUUGAUGAGGUCUUGGCGGAGCCUGAUGGCGUCCACAGCAUGGACUGUGUUUGGACCAACUCCUACAAGUGCUUCAACUGCUGGAAGAACGCGUGCUACACGAUCAGCACCUUGCUGUGUGGGAUCUGCAUCGCGGCCGAGUGGGGCUGCCAGUUCUCUCUGAUUGCCUUCUACCACGUGUGGUACAUCACGCCUUGCUUCAAGGUCCUCGAGCUCAACUGCGGCAUUCUCAAGAGGCUGUACGGUCUGUGCAUCCACUGCUGCCUCGACCCAUGCAUGGAGUCUCUGGGUCUGUGCUUCGGGUCUCUGAGGAAGCCGUGAUACCAGCAGUGAUGUCCAAAAUAACACGUGGGAGAACAGAGAUGAACAAAACAUAUCCUAUAGUGUCUGAAAAUGCUGGAUCUACAUGACUAUU